AUUUGUCUCGUCUGUGUGUGAUGAUGAUCAUCAAAGCCUCAAAGGUGUGUUGGAGAAUGUCGAAGGCUGGUACCAUACUCGUGAUUCAUAGCGACAGUACAACAUUGCAUUCCAAUAAAUAAUAAACUUAAUAAUAUAUUUUUAACAAUUAAAAAUAUUAUUUAAAUUUAAUUGUUGUUGUUGUUUUUAAAAGUAUACAGGUGAUAGUUAUUAUUAGUUAAUUGUGAUGAUUGAUGUAAGAUCAAAUUGACAAUGUUGUGAUUUUUUUUAUUAUAAUUUUUUUAAUAAAAAUAAUAACAAUAGACGUCAUUAUUGUUUGGAGUGUUUUUUAUUUUUGGUGACAGUGCAAAUGUAUUAUUUCAUUCGGAGUUUAAAUAUAUGCUGAGUUGAGAAAAAAAAUUGAAAAAAAAUCAGAUAAUAAUAAUAAAUUUUUUUAAAAAAAAAGAGGCGUUAUUUGAUUAAAUAUAGGAUGGUAAUCUCUCAAUAUACAACGGAACAAUGUUCAGUGUCAAGCAGUGGUGUUUAUGAAACAAAUAGUACCAGUGACAUUGACGAAAUAAAUCGUCAAAAUAUAACAUCAACAAGUACUCAAUUAACUAAUAACAACAACGACAAUAAUGCAUCAAGUGAUAAUUUGAUAAAAUCAAUAAAUGAUGUUAAUAAAAUUGAAAACAUCGAAACGACAAAUAUUGUUGGCCGUAAAUUGGUCAACAUUAAAAUUCCCUCGACAGGAUGCAAAAGUCAAAGUGGUCCACCCUCAUUAUCAACAACAAAUGAUGAUUUAGAAAAUAAUAAUAAUUCAUUAACUAAAAAUACAUCAACAAAUAAUAAUAAUAAUUCAAAUAAAUUUCAAGAAGAAAGUUACGAGGGUUUUGGAUACGCAAGAGUUGAUGCUGAUAUUGAUACUGAAAUUGAAACUCCAAAUGAUGAAGCCAAUUGUUCAACACCAUCACCAACAAAUGGUCUACAAUCUUUUGGAAAAUUAAAUAGUGCAGUUAGUCCAAGCUCAACUCUUGGUCGCCAUACUUGGCUAAGAACUUCAUUGAGAAAAGCUCCUUCUAGUUUGACCUCUGGAAGAUCAGCAAGACAACUUGGAUCCAACGCCUUAGCUAGUCAACUUUAUCGAAGUGGAAGCUUCAAUAGUUCUGGCAGAGGUUCAACUUGUGACGCUACUGACGAUAUGUACAGUGACGUGUCACUUGAAGACGACGUUAUGAUUGAUCUAAAUCACCGGGUAAGAAUGAUUCAAGAACAAAUGGAUAAUCUUGUUGACACUCAAUCAGUUAGUGGUGAGCGUUAUGCAAGGGUCAAAGAAGAAAAUGCAACACUUCAAGCAAGAAUAUUGAUGCUUGAAGAAGCUGCUAAAGAUACAGAAGCUAGAGCUGAUGAAAAACUUCAGUCUGAACAACGAAGACAUCGUGAAUGGACAAGUAGAAUUGAACGUGAAAAACAAUUACAACUUGAAAAUUGUGCAAUGAAAAUACAAACACUUGAAAUUGAAAUAAUAAAUUUACGUGAACAAUUAACAAGAAUACGUGAACAAUAUGAUAGUGAAAAAAAAGAAAAAAUAAAAUUAGAAAAUUUAUUAGAUGAUGCAAAUACAGCAUUACGUAAUUCACAAGAUAAUGAAAAACAAUUAUUAAUAAAAACAAAUGAAAUGAAAAUAUUACUUGAUACUGCUAAAGAUGAAUUAACAUUAAAAAAUAAUGAUCGUCAAAGAAUUGAAAGUUUAUUAUUAGAAGUUGCUAAUUUAAAUGUUAAAAAUAAAAAUUUAGAAGAAUCAAGAGAUGAAUUACAAGCAGCAGCUGCUGCAUUACAUGCUGGUAGAGAAUUAUUAAUGAUGAAUCCAUUAAUUGGAUAUGAUAAAAAUCCAAAAAGUCUUGCUGCUGAAUUAACUGAUGAGCUUGAUGGUGAAUUAAAAAAUGACACAAGCACACCACGCACAAUUGGUGAAUUAGAAAAAGCAUUAAAAGAACAACAAGAUGUUAAUGCACAGCUCAAAGGAUAUAUUGAUAAUAUUCUUUUGAAUAUUGUAGAAAAUUAUCCCCAUUUACUUGAAGUUAAACAACCCAAUUUAUAAAUUUUAUUUUAUCCACUUUGACUGUGCUCAAAUAAUUAUUUUUAUAUUGAGUACAUUAACUAGUUAAUUGCCAACGUAAAAAAAAAUAAACGAAAAUCAAGCUAAUCCGUCCUGAAACGAUUAAAAUAAAAAAAAAAAAAUUGUGUGAUUACUAAUUUUAUUGUCCAAUUGUUUUGCUUUUUUUUUUUAGUUCAGUUUGGCACUGUAUUAUAGAAAAAAAGACAAAUAACUUUAGCAGAUUUAAUGACUGACUUUAUUGAUGAUCAAGCAUGAUCUGCCGAUGGUCUUUCCAAUAUUAAUUUAAUUUUUAAUUAACUCGACAAUAUUAUUUCUUAAUUAAAUCAUAAAUAUUAAUAAUUAAAUAUUUAAUUAAACAAUUAACAAACAAUGAUAAAUUUGUUUUAAUUUUCAUGACAUAAUGUUUUUUUUUAAUUAAAAUUUUCAUAUGGUGAUGGUGUCGAAUUGCAUAAAAAAAUAAUUAUAUUGUAAUUUUUAAAAUAUAAAAUGACAAGUAUUUGUAAUAAAAAAAUUGGAUAUUAUUAGUGAUACAAUGUAAAUUUAAAAUACUGCAUUAAAAUUUUAAUUAAAUAUGGCUUAUUUACAAUUUACAAUGAUGAUAUUAUAAAUUUGUUUAUAUUAAAUUAUUAUGAUAAAUAAAUUAUAGUAUAUUUUUAAAUAUU